CGGAGGUAAUAGUAAAAAGGGAUUCCUGAAUUUCCUAUUCGCAGCCUCUACACCUUCGUCCCAUGGACGAGACAGUGGGGGACUCCCUCACCUGAAUGAUUAUUUGCAAAAUGCCAAAAAUUCCAAUACAGAUAAGCAGUAAACUAAGCAACUGAAACUAACUUCCCCAGUUCAGCCUAUAACAGUGUUUCAGUUUUAUAAUAUUAUGGCUCUUUCACUCAACAGAAUUUAAUAAUCCAAUCUGCGAAUAAGCUUCUUUCAUGUGCCGAAACUGCUCUGCUCCUCUUUCCCUAAGCUUUCUUCUCCAUACCGUUCUUUUGAAUCAGAAGUCAUAGAUUUUUGUCUGCAGAGUAUAAUCUGAUCUAAUGAAAACCCACAAAACCAUGCAACAAGUGCCGCAUAUGUUCUCCGCCAUUAAUCCCACCAGCCCUUUUGAGCAUCUCACUGAAGAAAUCACUUUUAACAUUCUUGAUUGGCUCAAUGAGGACCCAUCAGCGAAGAAAUCCUUCUCUCUUGUUAACAAAUCAUUCCAUUCAAUUGAAUCAAAGCACAGAAGAUACCUAAAGCCUCUGAGAACUGAUGUUAUUCCCAGGAUUAUCAAGAGAUACCCUCAAAUUUCCCACCUCGACUUCACAUGUUGUCCUCGGGUGGAUGACGAUGUACUUGCUGCCAUUGCGGAUGCAUACAGGACGAGUUUGAGGUUCAUUGAUCUCUCCAAGUCUCGGUUCUUUACUAAUGUUGGGCUGUCGAGUUUGGUCGGGAAAUGUGCGGGUUUGGUGGAGGUGGAUUUGUCUAAUGCCACAGAGUUGACUGACUUGGCUGCUGCGGCUAUUGCUGAAGCUAAGAACUUGGAGAAGCUGUCAUUGGCAAGGUGCAAAUUGAUUUCGGAUAUUGGGAUUGGGUGUAUUGCGGUUGGUUGCAAGAAAUUGAUGUCUGUUUGCUUGAAAUGGUGUUUACGAGUUAGUGAUUUGGGAGUCGGGUUGGUUGCCAUGAAGUGCAAAGAGAUUCGCUCUUUGGAUCUAUCCUACUUGCCUAUAACCGAGAAGUGCCUUUCGCCAGUUCUGCAGCUUGAACACUUGAAGGAGUUGAUUCUUGUUGGAUGCAUAGGUAUUGAUGAUGAUGGACUUUUGACCCUAAGACAAGGAUGCAGAACACUGGAGAAUCUGAAUCUAUCAAGCAUGCAAAAUGUCAGCCAUAUUGGCUUACAUUCCUUGACUACUGGAAUGGAAUGUCUGAACCAUCUCAACAUAUCAUACAGUUCUGUUAUCACAGCCGAUCUAGCAAAAUGCUUGGGAAACUCCCGUGGUCUGCAGUGCAUUAAAUUAGAUGGUUGCCAGGUCACAUAUGCUGGAAUAAAAGCCAUUGCAGAAUAUUGUACAUCCUUGAAAGAGCUUAGUCUGUCUAAGUGCAUAGGAGUGACGGAUGAGGGUCUCUCCUUCAUAACUGAGAAGCACCAGGGGCUGACAAAGUUGGAUAUCACAUGCUGUAGAAAGAUAACUUAUGCCUCUUUAGACAGCAUAACUAGUUCGUGUACCUCCCUUACCUCCCUUAGAAUGGAGUCUUGUAGCCUGAUUCCUGAAGAGGCUUUUCUGUUGAUAGGACAACGCCGCACAUCUCUAGAGGAACUGGAUAUUACUGAUAAUGAAGUUGACGAUGAAGGUUUGAAGUUGGUGUCAAGAUGCUUCAAACUAACGAAUCUAAAGUUGGGAUUAUGCUUGAAAAUCACUGAUAAUGGACUUUCUCAUGUUGGAAUGCGCUGUCAGAAUCUGACACAUCUUGAUCUGUACAGGUGUACAGCUGUUACUGAUGUGGGCGUAAUGGCUGUUGCAAAUAGUUGCAUUGGUUUGGAGAUGGUUAACAUGUCCUACUGUGAUAAAGUUACUGACAGCUCGCUGAGAUCUUUAUCGAAAUGUUUAAGAUUGAAAGCACUUGAAAUUCGAGGAUGCCUUCGGGUAUCUUCAGGAGGACUAUCAUCCAUUGCUGAAGGAUGUAAGCAGCUAAUGCUACUAGACAUUAAAAAAUGCCACAAUAUUGAUGACACUGGAAUGCUUCUCCUGUCACGAUAUUCCCAAAGUCUCCAACAGAUAAAUAUCUCAUAUUGUUCGGUCACAGAUGUGGGGCUAAUGGCACUGGCCAGCAUUAACCGCUUGCAGAACGUAACAGUCAUUCAUGUAAGUGGGCUGACUGCCAGUGGCCUUGCUGCGGCUCUUUUUGCUUGUCAAGGACUGACAAAAGUGAAGCUUCAUGUAUUGUUUAAAGCAUCAAUUCCCCCAACUGUCCUCACUCACAUGGAAGCUCGUGGCUGCACCUUUCACUGGAGAAACAAAGCAUUUCAGGUUUUCCAUAUUUCUGAUAUUCUAACCCAGUAAAGUUACUUUUAGGAAUCUUGCAACUGGAUUUUGUCAAAACACAUUAUAACCCACGGAAUUUGUUCGACUUCAUUUUUUUGUGUGUUUGCUUGUUAGUCUGCAGAAAAACUGAAUGAAAGCUUUGUGACAUUAUUACUAUCCAUUGCAAUACUUUGAAUUACGUUGGUCAAUAUCAUGAUAUAUCUAGCAAGAAAGACUUAAUAACUUUCAUAAGAAGAACGUGGAAACUCUUCGCUAAAGACAUUCUAGCUUACAUGCGUUUGUAUGCUUCAGUGAGGCAUUCAUUCUUAUUAAAAUAUUCAUCUAAGUUCUGAGAUCCUGGAAGCAUGAUGUUUAUAGACACCAACUGCAAGUAUGGCUCCUCUAUCGUAAAUUGCUGAUCUUAAGCAACUAGUUCUGAUGUUAUUAACUAGCGAAACUCAAAUCAAAAGAAAAAACUGUCUGGUCAACAAUGUGCAAGAAAAGAAGCGUGCAAGAUAUGUCCAACUAUUGAUCCAAGGGAAUGGCAGCGAACUGUCAGGAGAUAACCACAGGCACAGAGAAAUCAAAAUUCGAAAAUGAAGCGUUACCACUUACCCCAGCACAAGUCAUAAGCCCCUAAUCAAGGAGAAGGAAUGAUAGAAAAAAGACAAUUUUGUCAAAGCUGGGCCGGGACUGUGAAGUAUGAAGUAGGAGCAUCAUGCACAAAGUUUGGUCCUUGAACUGUUGGCAGUCCAAAAAGGUAACAGAACAAAGUUUUUCAACAGUCAUCUGUCUUAGUGUUAUCAAGUAAACAUGAUACAGUGGGGCAUCUUCCAAGAAGAUAACCUUCAUCUUUCUUUUUCAAUUCUUUCUUGGUCAAGAAAUCAAAAUCCCAUCGAAUGAUAUAAAAUUGGUGUUGCUGCAGAUUAGGAAAGGGAUUCUCCUUGACCAGUUUAAGAAGGGAGUUUUGAUUAUUAUACUCUUAGGUUGAUUUCAUUCAUCUGAUCAAACAUUUGACCUUGACCAUAUGUUGUUAACAUCCUGUGUAGAAGCAUCACUUUUCCAUUAUUAUAGUAUUUUGUACCUUGAGACUGCAGUAACUAACUAAUCAUUG